AUGAGAUGCUUGCUUAGCUUCUCGAUAAUUAUAUUACAUGGCUUAGGAUUGAUAGGUGGACGAAGAGCAUACGAAUGUGCUGAUCAUGAGUGUGAGAUACAGCCAGCAACACCGGAACGGCCUAACAUUGUGAUUCUUAUGGUUGAUGAUUUAGGCUAUGGUGAUUUGCAAAGUUAUGGACAUCCAAAUCAAGAGGUUAGCGAAAUUGACGAUAUGAUUCAUGAAGGUGUACGGUUUACACAGGCUUACUCCGCUGAUAGUAUGUGCUCACCAAGUCGAGCAGGUUUCAUGACUGGUCGUCUACCAAUUCGACUUGGAGUGACAGGUGGGGCACGGGUAUUUUUACCGCAGGAUAUUGGAGGUUUACCCAAAGAGGAAGAAACAAUGGCGGAAAUGUUAAAACGAUAUGGUUAUGCAACCGGUAUGAUUGGUAAAUGGCAUUUGGGCAUCAAUAAGUAUAACUCCACUGAUGGUACCUUUUUGCCAUCACAACGGGGUUUCGAUUUUGUUGGUUUAAAUUUACCGUGGACAAAUGUAUGGCAAUGUGAUACUUCUAAGGAAUUUGUCAGCAGUCCAAAUGGAACAUUAUGUUUCUUGUAUGAUGGAGAUUUUAUCGUUCAGCAACCAAUUCGUUUUGAGCAUUUAACUGAGGCUUUAGUUAAUGACUGGAAACGAUUUUUACAAGAAAGAAUGGAAAAUGAUAUUGAGAAAAAGCCAUUUUUCUUCUAUUUCUCAUUUCCUCAUGUGCAUAGCUCACAAUUUGCUAACAAACGUUUUCGACACAGUUCUGUACGAGGCUUAUUUGGUGACAAUAUUAACGAAAUGGCCUGGGCUGUUGGACAAGUUUUGAAUAGUUUACGAAAAGAAAAAAUUGAAAAACAAACGCUGGUAAUAUUAAUGUCUGAUCAUGGACCACAUCAGGAGCUUUGUCUUAAUGGUGGAAGUACAGCUGGUUUAAAAGGUGGGAAAUCAAAUAGUUUUGAGGGUGGAUUCAGAAUACCAUUUGUUUCGUGGAUGCCAGGAACGAUUCGUUCCGGUGUUACAUCACAUGAAGUUAUUUGGUCACUUGAUCUCUUUCCAACAUUUGAACAACUUGCAUCAAAAGGGAGGGAAUGGAAAAAGAAAAACAUUUUCUAUGAUGGUAUCGAAAUUUGGCAUCAACUUAAGGGUUUAUCAUCAAAUGCCAGAGGGAAUCGUGUAUCCGAUGCACCUUUGGCUCUUGUAAGGCCCAUCUUCUACUACUGUAACACCCAUCUGAUGGCAAUUCGCUACGGAAAUCACAAAGUGCAUUUUAAAACGUCGCCAAUUUUUAAAAAUAGCACUGAUGAUCCACAAAUGAAUAAAUUAUGUCCUGGCGGAAAACCUAUUGAUGAUUGGUAUGUAUCACAACGAUGUCCGGAAGAUCAGUUGUUUGUUCAUAAUCCACCGCUUCUUUACGAUCUACUUAUUGAUCCGUAUGAAAUGUAUCCAAUGCCACAAGAUGAUAAAAAAGCACAAGAAAUUUUAGAUGAUGUAAUACGAAUACGUGAUAGACAUUUACAAACCAUUUUACCGGUACCACAACAAUUAGGUAAUUUUUCUAUGGCUGUGCUCCCUUGCUGCAAUCCGCCAUAUUGUCGUUGUGAUUUUUUGCCCAAUGAACGUUUGAAACGUGAUAAUAUAAUGACUGGUAAUGAUAAUUGGGCAACUAAUGUUCAUGUUCUCAAUGAUAUUUCGACCGAUGCAUUAACGAUCUCGCGAAAUGAACGAGAAAUCAACUAUAUCUUGAAUAGUGG